GUGUGUGUGUGUGGGGCGGGUGAAUGGGCUGGCUGAAGGCUGAAUGACCCUCUAGUGAGGAGUGCAGAGAGGCCCGCGGACAGCUGCUCGUCCCAUGGAGCUGCGCGGACUCUCGCCCCGCGCCAGGUUAUUGAUCACAUUCACAUGUAUCAGCACUCACAUGAUCUCCAGGGAUGGACGACGAGCUGGUGUGUGAAUAUGACUCCACCUGGGACACGGAGAGCGACGGCGACGAGCUGGACAACACCGGCCGCAGCAAGAAAACACGGCCCGCGUUCUGGUCCAACUCUUCCUCAAGAAACCUCAGAGCAGCCAAGGACAUGCAGAACUACAGACACGGAUAUCCAAGCAUCAAUGAAGAGGAAUGUCCAGAAGAAAGAAUGACGAAUUUAAAAUUCUAUCUGAAUGAAAUUAAAUCGUCACCUGAUGAUGUGUCGAUUGAGACAUUUCUCACCGAGUGGAAAACCGAUUACAAGCGGCUGGAGAGAGUUCACUCCUACAUUCAGUGGUUGUUUCCUCUGCGAGAGCCGGGGGUCAACUACAUGGCUGCAGAGCUCACCAAGAAGGAAAUCCAAGCAUUCAGGGAGAGCGAUGAGGCUAAGAGCCGUCUUCUGGAGUCCUACGAGCUCAUGCUGGGUUUCUACGGCAUGCAGCUGCUGAACACAGAAACCGGGGAGGUGAAGCGCGCCGAGAACUGGAGGGAGAGAUUCGCCAAUCUAGAGAGAAACAUGCACAAUAAUCUCCGAAUCACAAGGAUACUCAAGAGCCUGGGAGAGCUGGGUUUUGAGCAUUUCCAGGCCCCUCUGGUGCGCUUCUUCCUGGAAGAGACCCUUGUCAGAAAGACCCUCAGCAGCGUUAAACGCAGCGUGCUCGACUACUUCCUGUUUGCCGUGCGGGACAAGCGUGAGCGCAGGAAGCUGGUGCGCUUCGCCUUCCAGCACUUUGAGCCCAAAGACAAAUUUGUGUGGUGCCCCAGAAAAAUCCAGAAACGCUUCAAGAAGAAGUCGGAGAAGCGGCAGAACUCUUCAGCUGGCAGCGGAGAGAGCGCAGCGCAGGACGAAGGUCAUUCACCAUACAAAAAUAAAGACAGAGAAGACGCAAGUGAACCAAAACAUAGCAAGCCUGUCGCUGAUCUCACAGAUGCAAAGAAGCAAGUCGACAGUGACUCCGUAAUGAGAGUCGACUCUGAGAAACACUCCGAGGGCUCUUCAGAAGAUCAGGAGCCCAAUCCAGACGCUGCUCUCAGUAAUGGCUCCAGUGUUAACAACGGAGAGACUGUCAGCGAUGAGCCGAGCUGUGCUGAAGGCCAACAGGUCAUCCAGAAGCCUGAGCAAGCUGCGGAGCUCUCGAACUGGGGACAUGUAGCUGGUUCUAGAGCAGGAUCAGCAGACUGUGACGAGACUCGGGAAGAGAUGGACAGUCCUGCUGACUCCCAGGAGGAGCAUGAAGAAACGGCCUCAGGUAUGAGUGAGGAAAGGACAGUGACUGACAGCCCUAAACACAAUGCACCAACACAGUCUGAGAAGAUUCCCAGGCCCGGCUCGAUGAGGACGAGCGUCCAAUCAGAGAGCAAUGAGAAGAACACAACAAACUGCAACCAGUCGGAGAAGGAAGAGCCGAUGGACAUCCCUCGCCCAUGAAUGACUCCUGAACACGAUAAAGCACUGAAAAUGGACACUUUAUGAACUUAUUACAAGAUGAGAUAUGAACUGUUGAAUAUGAGUUGUUUUUUUUAAUUAAAGAAGGAAUUAAUUCAAACGUGUUUUCUGUGUUGGAUCAAUUUUGACGGGGCCAAAUGUUUUUUUAUAGCUG